UAACUAUCAAAGCGCGUACCUUUAGCCUCUUUACAUUGCUGUGUUGGCGGAGACACGUUACGCGUCUACACUCAACGGAGCUCAACGGUUUUUGGUGGUUUUUCACCUGAAAAUUUUGCACUUUUUUCUAAAUCCACGAAGAUCAAGUCAAAAUGCGUGAGUGCAUCUCUGUCCACGUGGGCCAAGCAGGAGUACAGAUCGGCAAUGCAUGCUGGGAGUUGUAUUGCCUGGAGCACGGCAUCCAGCCUGAUGGCAAUAUGCCAAGUGAUAAGACGGUUGGUGUUGCGGAUGACUCCUUCAACACUUUUUUCAGUGAGACUGGUGCUGGGAAGCAUGUGCCACGAGCUGUUUUUGUAGAUCUGGAGCCUUCCGUCAUCGAUGAGGUAAGAUCAGGGACCUACAAACAGCUGUUUCAUCCAGAGCAACUCAUUUCUGGGAAGGAAGAUGCUGCAAAUAACUAUGCCCGGGGCCACUACACUGUUGGCAAGGAGAUUAUCGAUGUGGUGUUGGAACGCGUCCGCAAACUGACAGACCAGUGCACAGGUCUUCAGGGUUUCCUAAUUUUCCACAGUUUUGGUGGAGGCACGGGUUCCGGUUUCACAUCUCUGUUGAUGGAGCGUCUCUCUGUUGACUACGGAAAGAAGUCCAAACUUGAGUUUGCCAUCUAUCCAGCUCCUCAGGUCUCAACAGCUGUGGUAGAGCCAUAUAACUCCAUCCUUACCACACACACCACCCUGGAACACUCUGACUGCGCCUUCAUGGUAGAUAAUGAGGCCAUCUACGAUAUCUGCCGCCGAAACCUCGACAUUGAGCGUCCCUCCUACACCAAUCUGAACCGUCUCAUCGGUCAGAUCGUGUCCUCCAUCACAGCUUCUCUGCGAUUCGAUGGAGCCCUAAAUGUUGACCUGACGGAGUUUCAAACCAAUUUGGUGCCAUAUCCUAGAAUUCACUUCCCUCUUGUCACAUACUCGCCCAUCAUCUCUGCUGAAAAGGCCUACCAUGAGCAACUGUCUGUCUCUGAGAUAACCAGUGCCUGCUUUGAGCCAUCCAAUCAGAUGGUCAAGUGCGACCCCAGACAUGGGAAGUACAUGGCCUGCUGUAUGCUGUAUCGUGGUGAUGUCGUACCCAAAGAUGUGAAUGCUGCCAUUGCCAACAUUAAGACAAAACGGUCUAUCCAGUUUGUGGACUGGUGCCCAACUGGAUUCAAGGUUGGCAUCAAUUAUCAGCCACCUACGGCGGUGCCUGGUGGAGACUUGGCUAAGGUACAGAGAGCUGUGUGUAUGCUGAGCAACACCACAGCUAUUGCUGAGGCCUGGGCCCGUCUGGACCACAAGUUUGAUCUGAUGUACGCCAAGCGUGCCUUCGUACAUUGGUAUGUUGGAGAGGGUAUGGAAGAGGGAGAGUUCUCCGAGGCCAGAGAGGAUCUUGCUGCCUUGGAGAAAGAUUAUGAGGAGGUUGGCGCAGAUUCUGUGGAGGAUGAAGAGGAGGGAGAGGAGUAUUAAAUCCACCAGGGGCAAAUAAAUGCUGCUCUAGGCUGCUGAUCUAAGGCCGAUUGUAAGCACUUUCCACUAGUUCUGUAGAAUGGGUAGUUUUAGGUUGGAGAAAACUGGUUCUAGAUCAGCACUUAUAAGUAGUUACCUCUUCAGUACCAAGCUGCCACAUUAUUGUCCUUAUGUUUGUGAUAUAAGUGUUAUGUUUCAUUCUUUUUCUUUACCUCUUCUGUCAUACAUAAGGCUCUUCUGUCUGUGAAUGUAAUUUGUUUUGUAAGCUGUUUUUGUCACGCACACCUGCUGUAAUUGACGAAUGGAGUUUCAGAAUAAAUUGUCAAAUGUG